UCUCUCCCUCACAAACUCAUCCCCCGGCUUCACCACAAGCAACCAUCCUGUCUCUUGUUUGAACCACUGAAACACCAAUCCCACAAAAAAACCUCGUCUCCCUCUCACAGAUAAUUAGGGUUUUGGAGAGAGGGUUUCAGGUGCCAAUAAUGGAGUUGAGUGGGCAAGGAAUUAAUGAAGCAAGAAGGGAUGGUAGCCAGGUUUUUGGUUGCAUUUCACCAAAGCCAGAUCGAGCGGCUAAAACCAGUGUAACGAGCGGAUCCAACUCCAAAAUUAGAUACAGAGAAUGUCUCCGUAACCACGCGGCUAACGUGGGAGGGAAUGUGUUCGAUGGGUGUGGGGAGUUCAUGCCUGGUGGUGAAGAAGGUACAAUCGAAGCCUUGAAGUGUGCGGCUUGCGAUUGUCACCGCAACUUCCACCGCAAAGAAGUUGAUGGCGAGUUCAGUGCAAGCUCGAGAAGGUGCGUGGUCCCGAGCUUGCAGUUACCGGCUCCGUUGACAUCCCCUACAGUGCUGCACCACCACCACCAUCAGAAAUAUAUUCACGCAAAUCCAAUUCAAUCCAUGAAUGUCGGAUUUGGCGGUGGUGUUGGUGGAGGGAAUGAGUCCUCGAGCGAGGAUAUCAACUUGUUCCAUUCUAAUGUGGAGGGAAUGGCGGCUCCACCGCCUUAUAUGUUGUCGAAGAAGCGGUUCAGGACCAAGUUUUCGCAGGAGCAGAAGGAGAGGAUGAUCGAGUUUGCGGAGAAGAUUGAGUGGAGGAUGUCAAAGCAAGUGGAGGAGGAAGUGGACAGGUUUUGCGCUGAAUCUGGAGUGAAGAGGCAGGUUUUCAAGGUUUGGAUGCACAAUAAUAAGAAUAAUCAUGUGAAGAAUAAGCAAACUCAAGAGCCAUUGGAUCAAGAAGACAUGAAGGACAAUAUUUAGAGAGGAGAUCAUUGGGUGUUAGAACUUAAUGUAAUUGGAGCUAGAUUGAAAAUUCUGUAAUGCAUGCACAGAGAUUGAUAAUUCGACCUUUGCAUUGUCUCCUUCCACAGCAAUAGAUUGAAAAUUCUGGCUUCACUU